AUGGGCACAUCAGCUUCAAAACCAGCGCGCGCAGCAGCAUCAGCUGCUUCCCGCCGCCAAUAUCCUCUUCGGCCCUCCCCUUCAACCACCAGCACACCAGCUGCCUCUCAGCCGCCGUCGCAGACGCAGCCGCAAGCACCGACAACCAACCGUGCAAACACACAGGGUCAAGAGAAAGCAAGCACCACUCGGUCAGAAGCACCUACUCCCGGAGCAAUAAGUGAAGAAGUCAAGGCGAAUCCGUCGUUGUUAACGCUGAUGUCGCGGACAAGAAUAUCAGCUGAGGCUGAGGCUGACAUGGAGUCGUUGGGGAGAAAGGACCACGCAGGACGUCGGUUUGUGGACGUUGUUAGUUUGAAGCAGAUUAUCUCCAUGAGAGAUGGACAAGGGGUUAGUGAGGAGGUUAUUGAGACACAGUUUGGAUUGAAGAAGGGAACUUUGACUAGCUUAGGGCCAAAGGGGGUGGUAGCGGAUGUACGGUGA